AGCGCUAGCCGUAGUAUGGCCAUAUGGCGUUGUCAGCUUAUGUAGGCGGCUUGUGUUCUCCGUGAUUAAUAGGAAACUUCUCGAAAUACGUUGAAAGGUGGUAAUAGCGUGCUACCUUGUGGUACAUUUGUAGAGCAAGCAGAUCAUCCGCAACCACAAAUUGACAAAAUGGCUGAGAGUCUUGAAGACAAUAUGAGUAGAGGAAACAGUGCCUUUGUCGACGAAAAUUACGCUGAAGCACUCCACUACUACACGAAGGCAUUGGAGCAUGAUCCGGAUAAUGGAGAAGCGUACUUGAAGAGGUCCCAUGCAAAUGCCAAGUUGAACAACCAUGAAGCAACAAUAGCAGAUGUGGAUGCUGCUUUGGAACGAGGUUGCCGAAGUGCCAAAGGAUUCCUCCGGAAAGGGGAAGCUGCUUUUGAACUGGCUGAUUUCAGCGAGGCAAGGGCGGCAUUCCUCGAUGGUAUCUCGGCUGGCGGUGACAGAUCCCUAUUUGAUGAGUGGACCCGCAAGUGUGACGCUGAACUUGAGAAAAUUGUGUCUGCCGCUAAAGCCGUGUCCAAGAUAAGGCACGACUGGUACCAGACGGAAAGCCGAGUUAUUAUUGCCAUCCUGCUGAAGAACCUGAAACCACAGGAUGUCCACGCUGAGUAUACGAGCCGGACCGUAGACAUGACUGUGCAGCUUCCAUCUGGAGGGCCUUACCAAUUGUCACUCAGGCUGGCACAUUCUAUCGUUCCGGAGGAGACCACGUAUAAAUGCCUAGCCACAAAAGUUGAGAUCCAGGCCAAGAAAGAGGAGUGCAUCUGGUGGUCAACCCUCGAAGAAGACCCCAAGAGCUCCACGGUGCCGUGUGCACGGAUGGCAACGGUGUCCCAAGGAGCAUCUGCUGCGGGCUCAAAGAACUGGGAUCGUAUCUGUAAACAGGAAGAGGACUCCGUAGAGGAAGGGGACGCCGCCCUCAAUGCCCUGUUCCAGAAAAUUUACGCAGAAGGAUCGGACGAUGUCAAGAGGGCGAUGAACAAAUCUUUUAUGGAAUCUGGAGGAACUGUACUCAGCACCAACUGGAAAGAAGUGUCUUCUAAGACAACUCCCGUUAAACCUCCAGAUUGUAUGGAAUAUAAAAAGUGGAACUGAAGGUUA